AUGGCUGUUAUGGGCAAAACUUCGAUCAUCCAUCUUGUCCUAAUAGCAUUAUGGGCCCUUCCAGCAGCAAACCGAACGCAAGCCUCCAUUGCUGCAAAUGCGGUGUUGACUGUGGGGAUCUUGUUUCUCGGAGUCCUCUCUUAUGCGGAACAUAAUUAUUCAGUCAGGCCAUCUCUUCUUCUGGGGAUAUACCUUUCCAUCACUCUACUUUUCGACAUAGCAAAGACGAGAACGCUUUGGCUGCGCGAACUAGCGGAAAUUAACAGAAUAAUUGCAAUUCUUACUUCGGUAGCAGUAGGGGUGAAGGCCCUACUACUCCUUCUUGAAACAGUGGAAAAGCGGCGCAUCCUCAAAAAUGUCUACGCAAAAUAUCCACCUGAAGCUACAGGAGGUAUCUUCAACAGAUUUCUCUUUUGGUGGUUAAACCCUCUGUUCAAAACUGGGUUCUCCAAGCUACUUUCGGUAGAGGACUUAUAUACACUUGACAAGCAAUUGGCCUCCAAAACACUGCAUAACUCCUUGGAGACUAUGUGGAACAACGGUAGUAAGCCCCAAAUGACUGACCAAUUUAUCCUGCAGCAACCAGGGAACAAAAACUCGUUGCUACUUGUUACAUUCCGGACAUUCAAAUGGCAGCUUCUCUCGGCCGUGCUUCCACGAGCUUGUCUCGCCGCCCUGAACAUAUGCCAGCCUCUGCUACUACAUAGAUCACUUUCAUUUUCGGUAGAACCAGAAACCAAUGCCACCACUAACAUCGGUUACGGUUUGAUUGGUGCCUAUAUCCUCGUGUAUCUGGGGAUGGCGGUAACAAUGGGCCAGUACCAACACAUGACAUACCGCGCCAUCACGAUGGUGAGAGGUGCCGUGAUCUCCAUGGUGUACAGGAAAGCCACUACACUAAGCGUUGAAGAUGCUGAUCCCGCUUCAUCUCUUACACUGAUGAGCGCUGAUAUAGAGAGGAUUGUUCAAGGGUGGCAGACAAUCCAUGAUAUCUGGGGUAAUGCCUUAGAGAUUGGCUUAGCCAUUUUUCUCCUGGAACAGCAGUUAGGAGUAGCUGCCGUGGUUGCUGUUGGUGUCGCUGUUGUGGCCCUUGCUGGCUCUUUGAUAAGUCUUGUGUUCGUGAUGUCGAGACAGGCUAUGUGGCUUGAAGCAAUCGAAAGACGCAUCUCAUCUACCACGUCAAUGCUUGCCUCUAUGAAAGGGAUCAAGAUGCUGGGUCUUAGUGACCUGCUUAUGACAUGCAUUCAUAACUUACGGCUUGACGAGUUGAGAAUCUCGAGGAACUUCAGGAAGCUGCUAGUUUGGAAUAUGGCGUUUGCUUGGACAACCCGGAUUUUCGCGCCGAUAUUCGCAUUCGGUGCGUUUGUCGGUAUCUCGCAUAAAAACGGAAAUGACGCUGCCCUAAAUACUUCGACGACUUACACCUCACUGUCAUUGUUUGCUCUUUUGGCUGACCCACUUUUGAACUUGGUCAUGGCUCUGAUGACUUUCCUUGGAUCUGUUGGCUCCUUCCAAAGGAUCCAGGAGUUCCUCGAGAAGAAGGGCCAUGUAGACUCGAGAGAUAAGUCCCGGCCGCUCCAACUAGAGCCCGUUCAGGAAUCCAAGCAACUGGCUUUUGUUGAAGACUCUGAGACCCUAACUGAUGGGUCAAGCUCGGCCAAAUCAGAGAAGGAACCAACAGCUCUAUCUGAGAACAUGGUCACAAUCAAAAAUGGAGCGUUUGGUUGGGAUACCCAGAAAGAACCUCUACUGAAAAGUUUGACAAUCACGAUCCCUCGUCAGACUUUUACCAUGCUAGUUGGACCCUCCGGCUGUGGAAAAUCAACCCUUCUCAAAGCUAUCCUUGGCGAAGUACCUUGCUUGGAUGGUACCAUAAUAUUGUCGUCUGAGCGUAUUGCGUACUGUGAUCAAACACCGUGGCAUAUGAAUGGGUCUAUCAAGCAGAGUAUUGUGGCAAUGUCUGGGCUAGACGAGGAUUGGUAUGUUUCAGUUACCCGCGCAUGCGCCCUGGUUGAAGAUUUCAAACAAUUACCGCGUGGAGACCAAACAAUCAUUGGGAGCAAGGGCAUUGCCUUGAGUGGAGGACAAAGCCAGCGUAUUGCACUAGCAAGGGCAGUAUAUGCCAGGAAAGAUAUCAUAGUCUUGGAUGAUGUCUUUAGCAGUCUUGAUGCGACAACUGAGGAGCACAUCUUCCAGUGCCUAGUUGGUACACAUGGCUUACUUCGUUCAAUCGGCUCAACUAUUGUUCUUUCCUCAUCUUCUGUCAAACGAGUCCCUUUCGCCGACCAUAUCAUAGUGCUCGGCAAUGAGGGCCAUGUCAUUGAACAGGGAAGCUUCAAAGCCCUUGAUCUAACAGGCGGCUAUAUCUCAAGCUUCGCGUUAGGCCUACCAGAGCAAAACAAGGCUGCUGAGAAGACCAGUAAUUCAGGAAAGUCCGAUGUUCAAGUGAGUUCUGUUGAACAGGACGAGGACAGCGAAGUGGAUGGUCCUGGGGCGGGCGGCGACAUUUCGAUUUACUUGUAUUAUGUCAAGUCAAUCGGGUUCGUUUUCUGUAUAUCCUUUCCCAGUAUUUGGAUGAACUGGUGGGCUAGUUCAAAUGAAGCGGAGCCUGGUAAACACACAGGCUACUACCUGGGAAUUUACGCAAUGCUAGGUGCUGUUGGCAUGCUUUGUCUAAUUGUCGGUUGCUGCGGGCCUCUUCAGGCAAAUGAUCAUUACUAUGGUGCCUAG